GAAGGCUCUGAAUUCUCGAAGAACGCUUGGCUUCAGACCGGUGACAACUCCGGAAAGGCUUGGUGGGAGCACAAGGCCACUCCCGGACAUCAUGCCAUCCUAUCAGCGAUCCCUAACCUGAACGGAGCGAUCCACGUCGACAGGGCCCCGGGAUGGUCCUCCCUCCUGCCCCAGACUAAGAACGGAGUUGAUGCUGGCCUUCAGUGCCCCAUGUGCUCCACGGGAUCCGCGAGCAACCAGAGCUACUAAGCAGCACUCAUACUUACAAGUUGAGGUUCAGAUUUAACUUUGCAGGGGCAAUGACCAGUCCUUGGGGCGACGAGGGUGAAGUUUGUCAUACUGGUAUGCAGACAUCGUUUACAUUUAAAUAUACUCCUUACAAUCGAGGUGACGCUGCUGC